AUGGCCGCGUUCCUCGACGACGACAGCAGCCAGCUCUCGGCCUUCCUCGCUUCGACGACCGACUUUGGCGAGGGCGCCAUGCCAGCAAAAAGCGGCUACCAGCGGCCAAAGGACGAGCUCGAAUACCUCCGAUGCAAGCACGAAGCACUCACGCAGCAGCUCCACGUGCUCCACGCGCAGCAAACGCUCGUGCCUCUGGGUUCGCGCUGGGCAGUGCGCGCCGUUGAGCAGACGCAGCUGACGCAGCGAUCGCUCCUUGAGAACAAGCGACUCAAGGCGAUGGUGCAAGACCAGCUAAAACUCAUUGGGUCGCUGCAAAAGAUGUUGCUCAAGGACCCCGAACUCUCGACGUUCCGGCCCUCGACGGGCCUCAGCAUCUUGGGCAUAGCGCAUCGGCGACGCGACGUCGACGAGAUCAUGGCACACCAGCUCGAGCGGCUCAAGUCCGACUUCAUGUGA